GGUAGGAGAUGCUCUCUGAACAGCUGGUUCUUCAAGAGUUUCUGAAGAUACACAGGAAUGCCGCUGUUCUGCUAGAGGGACUUAUUUACACACUGAGGUUCCACCCAGCCAAGCAACAUGAUGAAAUGCUCCUUUGCUCCUAAUGGUAAUGUGAAUGCAGCCUCGGCUUUUGAAAACUCUGCCAAAAUGAGGGAAAAAGGGCCUAAUAUGAAUGCUGUCAGCAUCAGUGCACAGAGUCGAGAAGGCAGAGAGAAUCCAGGACCAAGAUGUCGGAUGACACGCAGCCAAGUCCCCAGAGAGCGGCCUAAUUCGACAGUCUCGACAUCUAACGUUACCUCGCGUUCUCAUCAGAGACGGUGGUCAGUUGACUUCUGUAAAUGCCAGGCACCACCUGUGAUUAUGGUGAGGAAGAACAAGAAGGAACCUGAGCCUCCUCAGCGUAGUGCUUCUCUUCUGCGACUUCAGACAUCAUCAUAUGCUUCUUCCAAGCGGUACUCAUGCCCCCCCAUUGGGAACUUUAUGUCGACAUCGUCCUCUUGCUCCUCCACCUCCUCCUGCUGUUCACCUACUUCUGUGCCGACAUCUGUCAUCAUUGGCCCAGAUCCUUUAGGAUGGAAAAUACAACCCAAAUCCAGGUCUAGCUCUUCUCAGGCACGCACCAAAAGGCUGUCUCUCCAAAUUCCUCUCCCUGCAGUCCCCACUCCCAGCUCUCCAGACCCAGAACCUUCAUCUCAACCCAAACCUGCACUCAGACCCAAACCUUCCCGCCGCCACCACUCUGAAUCCUCUGCCUUCCUGAAAUCACUUGGGAAGACUCCGCCUGUGGUUACCCUUGAGCAGCUCCAUGCUGUGCAUCUCCGGGCCCUUAGCCUUUCGGACGAAUCCGACGACGUCUUUGGCGAGCCGACUCAAGCGCCGACUCAAGGGCGUCCAAAAAUACCUCCACCUGUUCCAGAGAAGACGGCAACGGCCAGAAAAAUAGCACAGCUGAUUGCAAGUUCACGGAAGCGUUGCAGGCCUGUUACAACCAACGGCAACAACAUAACUGCAAGAAAGUCAACACCGACACUUUGGCAUCAUGAUAUGGACCAUAACAUAUGUGCGACAAAAAUGGCUGAGCUGCACCUUGUUGACGUCUGCAACAGGAACAGGUGAACCCCACACUUCCCUGGCUGUGAAAUGUGAGAAGACAACUGGAGAGGCUCCUAAUCAGCGUCACAAAUUACUACCAUGGGGUGUGAAGCUGGGAGAACAAACCGUCCCAGAAGACUUUUUAUGGGUGUUUGUCUGGGAUUGGGGGGGGGGG